GCAUCGGCGUGGGAACUAGGGUAACCAUGUCGCCGGUGAGGACAAUGACGGUGGCCGCCGACGAGGAAGCGGAGUACUCGUUCGCCGUGGCUUACAACGGACCUCAGCCGGCGUACGAUAUCCCCCAGGCGGUGCCGAUCGCCGCCGGCAAGAUUCCGGUGGCGGCGGCGGUUGCGUUAUCCGAUGCGCUGUCUUUGCCGGUGGUGCAACCGCUCUCGAAGGAGCUGAAAGUGCCGAGCUCCGAACCCGCGGUAUCUCCUACGUCGGUGAUCGCCUUCGACCGGACCACGGUGUCGCCGACCUCCGGUGAUUGCGUUCGAAGACGCCGC